GGUACAUACGAUACCUUACCUCGCGGCCGACCGUGCAAACACUUUGUCCAGCGCCCGCUGGAGCUUGCACUGAGUUGUUAGGAAAUUUAGGAGCUCCUUUAACCACUGUGACACGUGCCGACGAGUUCUAGAGUGCGCAACGACAGUGCAGCCUUGUGCAAGUGCAGCCAGUGCAGCCUUGCGCAAGGACCAUGCGGCGGCACCAAUGCUCCAAAGCGCUGCUCGCCGCAAACCACCAGCGUCCGCGAAAAAAAAAAAAACAAGCGGGACAUCUUGCGACGCACCGCGAUGCACGCCAGUCAUCGACGGGAGCUACUAGUUCCACGCGAGAGAAGAAGGCCUGUUGAGUCCCAAAGGGCAAGCUCACACACCCCCCGGGAAUUUAUGGCUGUACAAAAACGCAGGUUCUAUGUGUUACCAAUGCCUUCGCACCGACACCCGUAAGACGACCAAGCAUAAGACAAGACGCGCAGCUGACGGGCGACGCGAGGGUAGCCGGCGGCAUCGUUGGAUUGGCUUUAGUGGCAGCAAACAGAAUUUUCCUCGCCGGCGAGCUGGCCUUUGGGGAUCAGAGCCGCGCGGAUCUACUCGCGGUGGCGGCGACGAUGGGUUUAAUACUGGACGGGCUGAGCCAGGUCGACGUCGAAACGCGCGAGUCGGAAGUCGUGCAGUUGCGAGGGGAGCGGGGGCGCGGCGUGUCGUCGUCAUUGUCAGAUGGUGACGCGAGCGCGGCGCGCUGGGCGGCCCGAGCCAUCCGGACCAUUGAAAGUGUCAAAACUGUCGUAUUGUACUACAAUGACAAAACUAUACUACGAGAAGGUAUUCUAGGUGCGUCGCGCGACGUCGACGCCGCCUCGCCGACGUUCUCGGCGGCUCUACGCGCGUCCGUCGAGACGUACGCGCCCGAUUUACAGGCCGUGCCGGCGCGCGUCGACUUUGGGUGUUUGCCCAAAAACGCCCAAUCCGCGCUCAUCCAGCCCUUUUCCGGCGGCUGCGUCGCCGUGGCGUGCGACCGCAAGCGCGCGCUCUCGCCGCGCGACGUGGCGAAGAUACGGGUUGUCGCGCGGCGGCUCGGGGAGCGGCUCUCGUAAUUUGAUGGUUCUGU